AUGGAAUUGCGAACUCCCGAUCCCCUUUCUCUCAGUGGAAACGUCCAUGAAAACCUAAAACGUUUCAAAAAACAGUGGUCCAAUUACAGUAUAGGCUACGAAUUAGACAAGAAAGAUGAGAAAGUCCAAGUCGCUAUCUUUCUGAAUAUAUUAGGCACUGACGCAGAAGAAAUUCUUAACACCCUCAUCAUUACUGACGCUCAAAAGAAAACAGUGGAUGGUCUUCUAAAAGUUCUAACUGAAUUUGCCAAGCCUAAACUAAACAUAGCUUACCGUAGAUACUUGUUCAAUACGAGAGAUCAACAAGAAGGGGAAUCAUUCGAUCAAUUUUAUAUGGCAAUUAGAAAAUUAGCCGAAGAUUGUGGAUUCGAAAAGCUGAGAGAUUCACUUAUCAGAGACCGAAUCAUCAUAGGCAUCCAUAAUGUUCAACUGAGAGAACGUCUCCUCGGCGAGGAACUGCCGCUAGAGAAAGUAGUUUCCUUGUGCCUCUCCGUCGAAGCAGGAAAGAAAAGGUCGAAUGAAGUCAAUCAACCCAAAGCAUCAAGUGUUGAUCUAGUCAAUAGUGGAAGAUUUCAAGGCAACCCCUCAAAUCAAGGCAACAACUUCGCUGGACGAGCUCGAAACAACAACUCUGGACAAGGACGAAACAACAACUUCGGACAAGGAUACAACCAUCAAAGCAGGUACAACUCGCCCAAUCAACAGCAGCCGUCAAGAAUCAUUGAUUGUCGUUCCUGCGGUCUACAACAUCCUGUGCGACAGUGUCCUGCUUAUCGGCAGCAGUGUAAAAAAUGCUUGGGUCGAAAUCCUUUUGAAAAAAUGUGCCGUAUUAACGAAGUGAUUUGUCCUGAAAAUUCAGCACCUUCAGUGCACCUUGAUGAAGUCGAAGCUUCAGAUUAUGUUUAUAUCUCAGAAAUUAGUUGCAUUCCACAUAAUUUUCCAAAGUCCUUUUCAAAUCCCCCUAUUACUGAUUAUAAUCUGAGCAAGAGCGGUAAAAGCUCUGAAAGUGAAGCGAGUGCGGGUCGCAAUCAAAAAGCAAGCUAUCAAACGCAUCAUGCCAAUCAAUCAAAUCAUGUAAAUGUAAAUGUAGUUUCUUCCGCUGAGACAAAUGAGUUCUGGAUGCAACAAUUGCUGGUUAAUAAUUCUUUCAUUGAUUUCAAAAUCGACACCGGUGCCGAAAUAAAUAUUUUACCGUGGCAUCUUUAUCAAAAAGUUAAGACUUUAAGUGAUGAUUUAGUUCCCAAUACAACAAGGGUUCUGGGAUAUGGCGGAGCUCCUAUCGAAACUUUUGGUAACGUAACCUUAAAAUGUCAAUUACCCAAUACGAGUGUUCCUUAUACAAUUAAGUUCACUGUAACCAAAACAGGCUCUACCCCUCUGUUAAGCCUACAAACAUCAGUACAACUUGGCCUAAUUUUUAAAAAACAAAUAGAUUAUGUGUCUGCCUUCACUGAUGAGGCUGCAGUUCUUGCAAAAUUUCCCAAACAGUUUUCCGGCGUUGGAGAAUUUCCAGACGUAGUUGACUUAUUUUUUUCACCUAAUGCAAUCCCAUCAAAUGAUCCACCGAGAAGAUUGCCACAUAAAAUUAGAACUCCCCUGCGAGAUAAAUUAAAUGCAUUACAAUCUUUGAACAUAAUCUCAAAUGAUGUCAAGAAUGUAAUAUGGUUCAGUAACCUAGUCGUUGUGGAAAAAGAUGAUGGAUCCAUCAGGGUGUGCUUAGAUCCUAAUCGAUUGAAUAAACAUAUUAAAAGAGAACUUUUUCUCAUACCAUCCUUUGAAGAAAUUAAACUUAAACUCACAAACAAAAAGCUGUUCUAG